UGAUUGAGGGGCGGUGCGGGUCCGUGCUUUGCACUGACAUUAGUUGGUGCUUUUUGUGGCAACAAACAGCGGAAGUAAAUAACCAGGCCACAGUUCUAAAAGCCAUGCCUGAAGGAAAGGCAAGGUGUCUAACUUAUUGACCCUGCUACUGGCUAAGCACUAACUGGAUGCAAUUGACAUAAAUUAUGCUGCUGAACACCAUCAGUAAAAUGUGAACUAUAUGUUUGAUCCCCAGGCUAUGGGCCUUGCCCUUAUGCUAGGCAGUGUAUGAGUCACUACUAUUGAAUGGACACCAAGACUAGCAGUGGUGAUACACAUCAGAAGGUGCUAAUUGAAGUUUUACAAGUACUGUGGUAUGACAGUAAACUUGAAGUUUAUACAUACACAGAAAGCACUACUGAUGAACAUACAUGAAGAAAAUGAAGAAAUAGUAAAGUCACAUAAAAUCUCAAUAUGCUAAGGAUUUGCAUGUCUUCUGCACUUAACCUCUGUGCCAUAUUAUUUCUCUCCUGCGGGACCUUUAUCAGAAGUUCAGAUCAAUGUGGUCAAGAUCUGAAUGGUGAUAGUGGACAACUGAUCUCUCCUGGAUUUCCAAAUACCUACCCACUUGGUGUGACAUGCCAGUGGACAAUUACAGUGGAGCGAGGGAAAAGCAUUAAUCUUAGGCUUGUUAUAUUAAACACUGACUCUAAACAAGACCUUGAUGGGGGAGAUGUAUUAAGAGUAUACAAAGUGGAUCCACAAUUAAAUAGAAAUGUUACAGCAGAAUGGGAAUUCAGUGGAACAGUGCAAGAUAAUACAGUGAUAGACACGAACAGCAGCAAACUAUGGAUUCAUUUCCAAGCAGAUAACCAGCAGCUACAAGAAAAUAGCCGUUUUAAUAUCACAUUCCACAGUGUUAGUACACAAUACUGCCCCCAACCAGAGCCUUUGAGAAAUGGGUCCAGAAAAGGGGAUAGUUUCCGAGUUGGGUCACUGGUUGAAUUCAGCUGUGAUCCAGGUUUCACAGUCAGUGGACCUACAAACAUAUCAUGUCAACUCAAUGACAGUGGUUUACCUUAUUGGACUAGAGACAUUCCACAAUGUUACAUUCCCUGUGUGAAUGGUAAAAUAACAGACACUGUUGAAGGACAAUCAAAUCUAGUCAGAUAUUUUCUUGUGCCAAAUGAAAAACCAGUGAUAUUAUCACCCAACUUCCAACAAUAUCAGACAUCAGGGAAUAAUAGUGACAGUCGCAUCAAAUUUCCAGUUCAGUGUACAUGGGCAAUACAUGCUCCAAUUGGCUAUGCAAUUAACAUUACAGCAUCUCAGUUUAACUUACAUGUUGAAAAUGAAAAUGGCUCCUUCCUUACUGUGAAAAAUGAACAGAUGCAAUCGCCCUCAGUCUCAGAGGGUAUUUUGGCAAACUUUUCAUCUCAUUUUACUAACCUUCUUAUCAACCAAACCAAUCAGGUGCUGAUUCAGCUCACGUCCAAUAAUUUGUAUGAUUCCUUUGAGCUGAGGUACAAUCUUGUCCAUCCUUUUGCUUGUGGAAGUCCACCAACUCCAACAAACAUGUUUUAUAUCCCAAACAACAUGACUUACCCUGUGGGACAUCAAAUUGAAUACAGGUGCAAGGAUGGUUUUUACCUCCAACGGCCAAACAGUAUGCAUAUCAACAAUAUCUGCACUUCACAAGGAUGGCUUUAUGGGAGUCAGGCCCUACCCCAAUGCAAGACAUAUUGUAAAAUAUGGGACACAAAUAAUGAAACGUACAGGGACAUUCUACUUAGACGUUCAAGUGGAAUUAUAUAUAGCCCAGGUUACCCAGGGCCUCUCUUGCCAGGGCCUUGUCAGAUCACUAUAGAUGUUCACCCCAGUCAAAUUGUGAAAGUGACUCUGAGGAACAUGACAUUUGGAAAUGACUCUGAAGUGAAAGUGAAACUGUUUGAUGGUGCUGAAGAACUUGCCUUAAUUAGUGUUACUAGUCCUCUUGGAACCAUUUCAUCUAGAACUAACACAGUAACAGUGAAGAUCGAUAAUAAAGAAACAAACCCGGUAGAUGGUCAUUUUAUUCUUAGCUAUCAGGCCGUUCCAACCAACACAUGUGGUAAACCAAAGAUGAUUCAAAAUGGCCAACUUCUAGCUGAUGAGUCGCGUUAUGAAGUAGGCUCAACUGUUCAGUUUGUGUGUGAUGCUUUCUUUCAGAGACAUGGCCCCCAGAGUAUAACCUGCAUAAACAUGGGACUUUUCAAUGAUUGGCAGGGCUCUCCAAGUUGUACUGGUAAAUGUGGAGGACAGUACAAUAUGGGGGAGGGAACUAUUGUAUCUCCAAACUAUCCCAUGCCUUUUAAUACAAGUGGUCGCCUAUGUAUGUGGCUCAUUACUGUCCCAGGGGAAAAAAAGAGGUUUAGUAUUACCAUUCCUCAAAUCCAUAUAUCAAACAUGGAUGAUUUGAGUAUAACUGAAAAUCAACGGACCACCUCUAUACAGACAAUUUGUACAGAAGAUUGCAGCACACUGCAACUAUACACACACACUAAUGCCUUUCAAGUGUCUUUCAGAUCUGCAUCUGAGACCAUCACUCCCACAUCCCAGUUCAAAAUCAAAUUUGUUGCUUUUGACAGUAGCGUUUGUUCUCCCCCUCCUGAGAUUGAAAAUGGCGUAGUCAUUGGAUUGAACUAUUCCGUUGGCUCCCAGGUAAUGUACCAUUGCUUACCACCCUUUGAUCUUAUUGGUGCUUCUCUUCUCACCUGUCAGGAUGUCCACCACGGGGUGCCCCAGUGGCAGCCCCACACCCCUGAGUGCAGGAUUUGCCGUCCACAGGAUCGCCAGCUAGAACCCAUGUUACGACAUGGAGGUGAAGGUGCAGUGGCAAGUCCGGGUUACCCUGACAACCAAACUCUUGGACAUCAGUCCUGUACAUGGAAAAUAGAAGCGAAGGAAAAUGAGCUCAUCAUGCUUUACUUUAGGUACUUUCAGUUGCCCAAUGCUGAGGAAGGAGUUGUUUUUGUAGACAUCUAUGAUGGGCAAACAAAAUUAGAAUCUAGACUUGCUAGACUUGAUGGGAAAACAGAGACAGUGGAAAACAUCACCAGUGCAACAAACAUUGUUAUCAUUUCAUACAGCAUGCCAUUAGAGACUAAAGAUACCAGAGGGUUUUAUAUUGAGUAUGGUUCAUUCAGACCUCCCAUGGAAACCACCCCCUUUGUGCCAGUGAAGACAGAAGAAAAAUGGACUGAGAUGGUGACCUCUGAUUUCCAACCAAAAGAAACUACCAAAGUUGUUACAGAGAGAAGAACUUCACCAGCUUGGAUUAACCCCAUAGAAAGAACAACUUUGGAAAUUCUCCCACCUGAUCAGAGAGUUACAAAGACAAUUGUCUUCUAUCCAACCAAACCAGUACCAACAACAGCCACCACACCCAAAAAUGGACAUGUUCAAGCUGUUGCAUCUGCCCCUGGAGAUAACAAGGGGGCCAUCGCAGCUGGUGUGAUAGUUCCACUGCUUAUCAUCACUGCAGUGGGUGUUGUUGGAUUCCUUGUUUGGUACAGAAAAAAAUACCCUGUGAGGAUGAGCUUUGGUCGGGAAUUUGCCAAGUUCACCAAUCCUGCCUAUGUGAGAAAAUCAACACCAGGGUUAACUCUAGUACAAGAGGGCCAUGUGUCGCUGUGUUCAGAUCCAAGUGCCAGACGCCCUUCAGAUGAGGGCGGAUCGUCCAAUGAGGGCCCAGGUAAGGGAAUCAUUAACCCUGCUUUUGAAGAGUUGGCUGAGGAUGAUGUUGAAGUACCUUCUGUUCCAGAGGUGACUUUCACUGAAGUGACACCAUUUUCUGAAGAAAUAUCACCAGUUCACUCUAAAAGGUCACAUCGCUCUUCGGUACACUCAGAUGUGUCCAGUGCCAGAAGAAAGUCUGCUAAAUUGAAAAUUACACCACAGGACUUGGAUCGUGACUAUGAAAAUGUAUGCCAUAGUCCGCCAUGGGAUUCAUCGUCUGCUGGGUCCGAGGGUCAUCCUCACAGUCCAGGAAGGAGGUCAACUUCUUUGAGAGAGACAGAAUUUAUUGAAUCUGAAGGUUUGCCCAGUAGAUCCAGUUCUCUUUUAACGGACGGAAAAAGAAAGGCCUCUUCAAUUGGGUCAGAGGUCAAUACUACCAGACCUGGUGGGAGGUCCAGUUCUGCAAGAGAGGCGCAAUCUUUAAAAUAUGGAGAUUUGCCUAAGAGAUCAGCUUCUCUAAUGGAAGAUGGAAGGAGAAAAAUGCCUUCAAUUGUAUCACAAGAGGUUGCAUUUAGUCCUGAUAAGACUUUAAGGCAUACCACUGAGAUCAACGAGUCAGAAAAUGUGCCAAAUAGGUCUGAAUCUCUUCUGGAAGGAGAAAGAAGAAAAACUCCCUCAGUUGGCUCCGAGAAUUUGUCAGAGAAUGCAAGGAAGAUGUCAAAUUCUUCAAGUGACACAGAGUCCAGCAAAUCUGGGGAAGUCCCAAGUAGGUCAGGUUCUUUGAUACAAGGAAGACAUAAACCACCUUCAAAGAAAUCAGGGGCUGACAGUUGUGAUCCUUAUUCCCACUGGUUGGAAAAUGAAGAAGCGGAAAAUGUAGAGCAUAAAAAGAUCGAUAAUGGCAAACAGGCUGAGAAUUUGAUGCAAGAGGAUGAAGAAGUGGCAAUAGAAGAUGUGUCGUUUAUUCCCUCUAAGAAUAUGGAGUCAGAGGUAGAGGGGGAAUUUGUAGACCAAUCACAUGAUUCACUACUUUUUGGUUCUUCACCACCUCCAUCUCCUUUUAAGGUCAGUACAGCGGAGUCUGAUCAUUUGGAAUCUUGCCACUCAUCAGAAUCUGGAUCAGAGGAAUAUUUACCCAAGACAAAAAAAGAAGAAAUGGACCUAAAUGAUUCUUCAGAAAGAAAAUUGCAGCCUGAAGAAAAAGAGAUGUCAAAGGUGAAUCUAUCAUCGACACCAGAAGGUGAAAAUUUCAAGUCAUUGGCCUCGGAUUUACUACCAACAAAUGACCAUUUACCAUCAGUUGGGUUAGAGUCACCGCUAUCAGAGAGAAAUGUGUCACCAUUUGAUAUGACAUCACCUAAAGUGGACGGACAGUUGUCACCAAAACCCAGGACCCCAUCCCCAACAGAUGAACAAAUGUCACCAGAAGUGUCAGUGUCACCCUUGGCAGGUGAGCCAUUGUCACCUGUACAUGGAACACCAUCCCCAGUUGAUGAGCAAUUAUCAGUAGGAGAUUCAGUUUCAAAACCAAGAGAGGGGCAGUCAGCAUCCUCCACAGAUCAACAUUCAUCAUCAAAGAAAACAUUACCACCAACAGCAGAUGAACACACCCCACCUCCAAGAGAUGAACCUCUGUCUCUCAGUCAUAGGACACCGUCCCAAAUCAGUGAAACCAUAUCGCCAGUCCAUUCUUCCCCUCCACUUCACAAGAGGUCACCGUCUUCUAGUAGUGAAGCUAGUACCCCCGACUCUUCUAUAUCAGAUUCCAUGGAAUGGCAUAGUGCAGAGAUUGAUCCAUCUUCAUCUGAUGUGUUCCAUUCACCAGAAGUUGGGCUGUCAGGUCAAGGAGACACACUCUUAGGACCACAUCAAGAGGAUGUAGAUGGAUCACCUUCAGAAGCAGAGACAAAUGUUCCAAAGCCAAGAGCUAAAUUGCUUUUAAAAGUUGAUCCAGAUGAGAUGGAGGUUUCCUCAGAUGCUUCAGGAGAGAUAUCCGACUCUGAUUCCACCACAUCAAGAGAACUGGACCUUGAAUUUUUAGGAUGGACACAACCUGACGCUGUAGAUAUGGAUGCCAGUGAAGUUUAAUGUGGGGCAGGAUAUAAUACAGGAGAAACACAUCUUCCAUGUUUAUCUAAAUAAAACAAUAUUUUAAUACAUUAUUAAAGAUUUAUAUUUUGAAAUGUCAUUGUAAAUUUUAAAACAAAAAUUGUCAUAAUACUUAUUGCAAAGUUGGUGCUCUAUGCAUGGCUGAAAAGUUGCCCAUGUUGGCCACUAUCAUGUUAGUUCAUUUUCUGUUGUUGAUUUAAAUUGAACUAUUAUACACAAUUGUCUAGAUACAAUCAUAAAUUAAUUUAUUGUUAUUUAGUUCUCAUUUAUUUUUCUUGAAAUAAUUUUUUUGUAUAUGGUUCAACAUUUAUAUCAUGGAAUUUGUGCAUUUAUAUCAUGCAUUUUUGUAUACAAUUAGAUACUGUUGGUGUAUACUGCAAAUCUACUCACUACAUUACAACAUCUAGUAAAAAUGCUAAAAAUUAUUUCAGAAUUUUCCCAAUUUGUUUUCCAAUCAACAUUUUACUUGAUCAAAAGCAUUGUUGUCUGGAAGAGUUGAAUCCAUAUUAAUUUUUUUAAAUCUAAUUGGCUUUUAAUAUAUAAUAUUAGAAAUACAUAUCGCCAUAUUAUCAUUUGUUUCAAAUCACAUUGAUAAUAUAGUUAUGUUUUUAAUUUUCCAUGUUAUAUUUUGAAUGAGAAGGUAUUAAGAUUUUAUUUCUUGUCCUGUUUGAUUAUGUUUUAAAUUUUUUUGUUUUUGUUUAUAUUUUAUAAGUUUAAGAGCCAUGAAUCAAAUGUUUUCUUGGAGCAAUUGACUAUGUGAUAGGUAUGCAAAUAGUGCACUUCCAAACUCAGUCAUAGGUGAUAGAGAUUUCAGUCUAGAAUCAACUAGGCCAAUGAAUGGCCAGUUAAUAUUUCUGCUCAUGAAAUAUAAUGAUUUUAUGUACAGUGAAAAAUAUCUGUUCAUUCUGAACUUAAAAAAGAUUUGUUGCUCUGUUCAAUUUGGAAUUAUUAAAUUAUUUGCAUUUGGUUGCUCAAGAAUUUCUGAUUUUUAGAUUAUCAGGUCAAUAUUUAUGGUGCUACACAGUUCAAGGUUUAAGAAUUAAAUGAUGAUAUUAUAUAUAUUUUGGAAAUUAUUUAAGACUACAACUUGAGGUAGUUUGAUUAAGCAAUUAUUGAACAUACUUGAAAAAUGAUAUUAUCUAGUCAGAAUGUUGCCAUGUGACAGUGCAAUUGGCUAUUUUUCUAAGAUUCUUUUUAAUAAUCAGUUGGAUCUCAUAUUAUAGAACAAUCAAAAGGUGUGUGAAAUUACUAGUAUGUUUUAAUAAAAAAAGUUUUUUUAUCUCAGAUGUCUCAGUUGUGCCACAGUUCAUGAGAUUGAAAGGAAAACUUUUAUUUUGAAUAAUUUUAUGUGCAGUGUAAUGAUUUUUUUAGUCUUUAGUUUUUUUAUGCCUAGUUUAAAUCUAGUCUGUAAUUUAUGUUCAUUCUGGAUGCCUAUAGCAAUACACAACAGUAUAAACAUCACUCUAUGCAUAUUCAGAGCUUCAUAUUUGUAUACAUACAUUAUAUACACUGUAAUUAUAUAUUAUAGUAUAAUAUCAUUACUGUAUGAAAUAGAAUUUAUUCAUAUGUGUAUAAUAUAUAUGAUUAACUUGGUGAAGGAUUCCAACCAGAGCAGUUGCUAAGUAUUUAUUAUUGAUACAUACUGGAUUAGUCUUAUUGUGGGCAAAUGGAAGGAAAUGAAUAUUUUUAUAUGAUUCUAUUUAGUGAAAGAACACCAUAUUUCAUGCA